AGACUUGUCAAUCUAUUUAGUUCUUAUUUAUGCACAUGAGAAGAAUUAGUUGAUUCGCGGGGAAAUACUAGUUACGCGCAAAUUUUCAUAUAGUUAGCAUAAAUGAGCCCCUCUUGAAGUACACUUUUAUGGCAUUUCUUUUAGCAUACGCAGAUCAGCUUUCAGUGCUCUGUUGAAAAAUUAGAUAUCCACAUUUAACAGUGUUGAAUGUUUCAUAAAGAAAAUUUAGGCAUGAAAUUGACGUUUUUAGAAAAUUACAUGAUAAGAAACGGAAGAACAUUCGAAAAGAGAUAUAUAUUAAAAUUUUACUUUGAUAUAAGUUUUGAAUAUUUCCAGAUAAAUCAAUAAGUUUAAUAGACAAUAUUGACUACCUCGUUUACUAUCUUGUUUUGAAUGAUUGAUGUAAAUAUUAACGUUUUCCUUGUAAGCCCUGGUGUGGUUAUAACAGAACUACAGAAACGUGGGGGAUUAAAUGAAGAAGCAUACGCAAAGUUUUUGGAGCGUGCUAAAGAGACGCAUGCGCUCGGUCGCCCAGGACAACCUGAAGAAGUUGCCAGAGCAAUAGCCUUCCUUGCCUCGGAUGAUUCGUCUUUCAUCACAGGGGCGACACUUCCGGUUGAUGGUGGUCGCCAUGCUAUGUGUCCCAGAUAAUCAAAGAAAAUAAAUGAAAAAUUUUUUGUUGUCGUUUAAUGUGGACUAAUUUAAAUAUAGUGAUCUUCUCCAUUUAUAUGGAAAAAAAACAGUGACAAGAGUGGACAAAUACAAUUCAGAUAUUUUGUUUCACCAUUCACAAAAUGCACAUACACAUGGAUAACUUAGUCCUUGUCAAUUUGGGUAUAUGCUUACUAUUUCUCAUAAUCCUUCCUGAAAAAUUGAUAAGGUGGCAUAUAUAUCCAAAUUAUCUUAUAUUUGGAAUCUGUUGAAUUAAAGAGACCAUGACAGUUUGCUUUGGUUUGGUUUAACGCAAAACGCAAUAAUUGUGCAAUAAGCUAGGACAUAGGUAAAAUGGCUGAGGUUCAGGUACCUGUUAAUUUUGCUUAAUUCACGGAAGUACAUGUUUACCGUCGACGUAACCCUGUCGAUCUGUGGGCUUGGUAUGCCGAGUCAGCUGCGACAACUCGGGCACGUCCGCCAUAAUGCCCUGUGUGUAGCUAUACUAAGGCGCUGGUCGCUUUACUGGACCUUCUUAAUGUCCUUUUAUCCUGUAUUUUAAUUGUUUGGAUGUAUAAGUUGGAAUUUCAAACUUCUGAGAGAGCGACCCGAUAGGAUGAAGAAGCAUUUAUGCAUCAUCUUUACAGUGUUAGUAUUAGUGGGAGCUUACAUAGAGGAAAUCGAUUUACCCGAGUCCUUUACAGAAUGUUUGGAAAAACAGCGGAUAAAGAAUCAAGGUGCUGCCAGCUGGGAAGCCAUGAACAAGUGGUGUAUGAACAGCCACAGGAUGAAACUCACAGGUGACAAGUUCAAACACGCCAACGUAUCUCAGGACACGGUCAGCUGGAUUAAUGAACUACUCAGAAUGUCAAACGUGGAUAUGAAGCUGGACCUUCAUUCCAUAAACAAAAGACAAGCAGAUAAUCCCUCUCUGUAUCCUAACGUCCAAUUCCCCCCACAGCCCAUCAUUACAGAUGAAGAUUCACAAACAUCGAAUACACAGAAUUCACAGGGGCCGGAAUACCAAUCAGAAACUCUCCAGUCAUUUGUUAAUCAACAUACUGGAUCAAGCCAGGCCCAGAGGUUUCAGCCCGGACAAACGAGGCCGUUUCCAAUCAUCGGCGGGAAUCCGCAGCCUCCAUCACAAUCAGUGGUCCAGACACAGCAGCAAGUUUUCCAAGGUUCAGUACAACAACAACCGCUAGCUGGACAGAAUCAACCAAUCCAGACUCAAGCUUCUCAAAUCCAGACAAAUCCUGUUCAAAAUCAAUUUUCCCAACAAUCAGUAGUUCAACAGUCUCAGCAGGCAGUUAAUUUUGCUCCACCCCAACAACCACAGGCAGUUAAUUUUGCUUCAUCCCAGCAGUCAUCAUUUGUGCAACCCCAGCAGCCGACAUUUGUGCAACCCCAGCAGCCAGCAUUUGUACAAACGCAACAAAAUUUUCAGCCUGUGAACGCAUUCCAACCUCAGCCAACAGUGAUGUCUCCGACCAUGUCCGCAGCACAGCCUACUGGUAUACCUCAGGUACAGCGUCCUCAGUUAAGGAUAAGGAAGGAGUAUAGGACGAUGACGGAGCAGGAGAGAGCCAACUUCCACAGAGCCAUUCUACUACUCAAACAGGAUACGACUAUUCGACCUAACCGAUAUGAUGCACUUGGACUUGUUCACUUUCGAAUGGUUGAUAAUAUACACCAUGGAGGAGCAUUCUUAGCUUGGCAUAGAAUAUUCAUCACCAUAUUUGAGAAUGCAUUGAGACAAAUGGUACCUGGUGUUACUUUACCAUACUGGGAUUCGACAAUGGAUGAGGCGAUGAUUGACCCUACCCAAUCCGUCACGUGGUCACCACAGUUCCUCGGCAACGGAGAUGGUCUGGUGACAAAUGGACCAUUCGCCUUCUGGCAAACUCCUAAUGGACCACUCAUCAGAAAUAUAGGACAGGAUGGUCAGCUGCUCUCAAGACAAGCCAUAAGGAACAUACUGACCAGAACAAGAAUGGGGCAAAUCACAGAACCCGCUGCUCCCGACCAGUUUAACAUUGAAAAUUACCACGGUGAUGCACAUACAUGGAUCGGAGGUCAGAUGGAGCCUAUGGAAACGUCUGCUUUUGAUCCUGUUUUUUACCUUCACCAUGCCUUUGUCGAUUAUGUUUGGGAAAUAUUCCGUCAGCAGCAGCGAGCCAUGGGAAUAGACCCCACCCAAGAUUAUCCUCAGAAUUACGGCCCACAGUCACAUGCCCCCUUUACACCUACAGGAUUUGGAAACCUGCCAAAUGUAUUUGGAAUAAGCGACAUGUUUACCUCCCAAAUAUAUACUUACCAGCCACAUCCGACAUGUUCCUUCCAAAACUCCAACUGUGGUUCUCCGUACCUGACGUGCGAUCUUUCCACCGGUGUCCCGCAGUGCUUGCCGAUCUCCUCGGGUCCUCCUCCAGCACAGCUACGAGCAGCUCGAAUGAGGGGUGUGCCUGGAGUGAUGGGUGCUGGUCCACGGCUAGGAGGAAUGCCCCUCCCUUUUGGGCGUAAAAAGAGAGAAGCAACUAAAGACAGGGUGACAAUUAAUGCAAAGUCCUCUUCAAACUCUUACCACCAGGUAAUGGUCAAACAGAUGCAAUGCUCCAAUACGUGGGUCUCUUUCUCCAGCCAGAAUACCUUCGAAAUCGACAAUGAGGGAGAUACCCGAAAAUGGGUGUUUAUACCUGUUCGUGUUGUUAACAAACGGUCUCCUGAGCACCGUAAAUUUAAAGCAUACGCAAUCAUUGAUGGAAAGCCUUCCGUCAAGGCCGACAUCUACGAUCCAGAACAGUAUCAAGAAAUCAAACCAUACUUCUCAGAGGAACUCAUGCCAUCAUCAGAAAAAUGUAAAACUGUCACUGGGGAUAGAACAGUUGGUCGCAUUCACAUUCGAUCUAACGGACUUAAUUACCAGGGAAAUUAUGACGAAUACGUCAUCGUGGAUCUGAGGCAGGCGUUUACCGAGUCCACCACCUAUAUUGGACUUAAAAGUCCUGGUCAGAACGAUACAGAAGUCCUUCUGUCUGCUUAUGACUCGUGUGGACGAAAAUGUCAGGCCUUCUGUCGGAGCAGAGACAAGAAUUCUCCGGGUUUUCACCCCUGUUCGGGGGCUCUCCGAGUAAACAAUAAUACCCCAUGGGAAUAUGGUAAAAACUAUGGUGAUGCAGUGCGCAUGUCCUGGGAUUUGAAUGACUUGUAUACAAUUCCAGAACUACAAAAUCAGUCUGUUUUCAUUCAAUUUUUCUGUGAUCAUCGAGAAUAAAAUUGGUUUGGGAGUUCCAAGUUUUAUUUUCUCAACAGUUAAGAAUGUUUGUAUGCUGAUAAUAGAGGAAUAUAAAGAGU